CAGACGUUGUCACAUUUUGUCUUUGUCACAGUUUAUUGACAAAUCCGUGUUACAUUCGUUAAAAGUGGAGUAACCAUCUAUUUAAAAAUCAUUUAAUAUAUUCUAGUCUUUAUAACCAAAUAAAUAAUAGAAAUAACUUUUUUUAUAGUUUGCCAUUGUUUUCUAAUAUUUUACUUGGUUAUUAUACUUAGUCCAGUAGAGCGCCCUGUAUUCACUGUGUGGCGUGUACGUGGAGCAAGGAAAUAAAUUUUUUGUGUAAAUACACGCGUCGGCGGCGAAGAUAUAAAGCAAUUCGUUUUUGAAACGUAAUUAUUCAUGUAGGCGCGGCGCGAUGUGGCGCGGCGCGCGGUGGCGCCUGGCGGCGGCGCUGGCGGUGGCCGUGCUGGUGGUGUGGGCGUGGCACGGGAGUCGCGCGGGGCGCGCGCGCCGCGACCUCGCCGCGCCGGUCGAGGGCCGCGACCUGCCGCUCAUCUUCAUCGGCGGCGUGCCCCGCUCCGGCACCACGCUCAUGCGCGCCAUGCUGGACGCGCACGGCGACGUGCGCUGCGGACAGGAGACGCGCGUCGUGCCGCGUAUCCUGCAGAUGCGCCAGCACUGGGCGCGCUCGCAGAAGGAGAGCGUGCGACUCGAACAGGCGGGAGUAUCCCGCGCGGUCCUCGACAACGCCAUUGCUGCAUUCUGCCUGGAAGUGAUCGUGCGCCACGGCGAGCCUGCGCCGCGACUCUGCAACAAGGACCCGCUCGUACUCAAGAUGGGCACUUACGUUCUAGAGCUCUUUCCCAAUGCGAAGUUCUUGUUUAUGGUGCGCGAUGGUCGCGCUACCGUGCAUUCUAUCAUCACUCGCAAAGUGACAAUAACUGGCUUCGACUUGACGAGCUACCGGCAGUGUCUGACGAAAUGGAAUCAUGCCGUAGAGCUGAUGUACCAACAGUGCAAGUCGUUGGGGCCAACGCGUUGCCUGAUGGUCCGCUACGAGUCGCUGGUGCUGUGGCCGCGGGAGACGCUGCACCGUAUCCUAGCGUUUCUCGAUCUGCCCUGGGACGAGGCCGUCAUGCACCACGAGCGCUACAUCAACCAGCCCAACGGCGUCGCGCUAUCCAACGUGGAGCGCUCGUCCGACCAGGUGGUGCGACCAGUGAACCUCGACGCCCUGGACAAGUGGGUGGGGCAGAUCCCGGCGGACGUGCGCGCGGACAUGGCCGAGCUGGCGCCGAUGCUGUCGGUGCUGGGGUACGACCCGUGGGCCAACCCGCCGCGCUACGACGCCUCGCCGCCCCCCGCCCCCGAUACCACUUAAUAUACGAACCACCCCUUUAA